AUGCAGGACAUCACAAGUAAAACACCCCUAAUGAAAGCAGCUCGGAGCGGUAAACUGUGGGCAGUACGACGAUUGCUUUCUUUCGGUGCCAAUGUGAACGUACGUGAUCGGAACGAUGAGACCGCACUGCAUUUUGCCUGUCGUCAAGGCUCCACAGAAAUUCUCAGUAUGCUUAUAAAGGUACAGAGCAAUCUAAAUCCUUCUAUUCCUAAUGAUUUUUAUUGUUUAAUUUUACGUCAGUUGAACCGUUCGCAUGUCAAAACUCAACAAAGACACCGAUUCAGUAGAUGCACAUGCUGCUAUGAAACUGACUGA